AACCUACCUUCUUCCCUUCCCUUCUCCCUCUUUAACAUUUUUGCUCGUUUACAGGUGUUACAUCGUCGCAUCUUGUUCAACUUUCCACAUAUCUCCUUCCUAAAACCUUCCUACUUCUCACUAUGAAGAUUCUUCAUAUGUUUUAGAUUCUGUCGUCUCCAAGGGUCGUCUUCAUAUGGGUCUUCUGAUUUAAGGAUACACGCAAGUUACAGUUGAGUCAUUGUUCGUAUUUCGCUCUUUCUUUGACUUCAUUUUAAAAUAAAGUAGUCACGAGUUAUAUCGUUUGUUCACAUGCUUGACGAAGAUUUGUGGACGUAUUUCUACCCACGAAAGAUUUGAAAGAUCGUCCGUUUCUGAGUUUGAAUCUUGAUGUUUCAUUGUCAAUUAAUCUUCGAGGACAACUGAAAGAUGUCAAGCAAAACUUCAACGAAGGAGAUUGAUCCGUUACUGAGGGAUCUGGAUGAGAAGAAACUGAAUUUUCGCCGGAACGUGGUUUCACUCGCCGCCGAGCUCAAGGAUGUCCGCAGUCGUCUUUCAUCACAAGAAGAGUCAUUUGCUAAAGAAUCUUUAACUAGACAGGAAGCAGAAAUAAGAGCUAAGAACAUGGAAGAAGAGAUUUGUCGAUUGCAGAAGAGUUUAGAUGAGAGAAAUCUGCAGCUUCAAGCAUCAUCAUCCGAUGCUGAAAAGUAUCAACGGGACUUGGAUCAUCUUACAUCACAACUUUCGUUCACAAAAGCAACAGCGGAUGCAAGUGCCAUUUCUGCUCAAUCUGCACAGCUUCAAUGCAUGGCUCUGUUAAAGGAACUGGAUCAGAAGAACAAGUCGUUGAAAGAGCAUGAAGCUCGAGUUAAUCAAUUGGCACAUCAACUAGAUCUUUUGCAGAAGGAUCUUGAAUCACGAGAAUCUUCACAAAAACAAUUGAAAGAUGAAGUCAUGCGAGUUGAACAUGACAUCAUGCAAGCUCUAGCAAAAGCUGGAGCAAAUAAUGAUUGCGAAUUGAGGAAGAUCCUUGAUGAGGUUUCACCUCGAAAUCUUGACAAGAUGAUGAAAUUGUUAUCAGCCAAAGACGAAGAAAUAAGCAAGUUGAGAGAUGAACUCCGGGUUAUGUCAGCUCAUUGGAAACUCAAAACCAAGGAUCUUGAGUCCCAAUUGGAGAAACAUCGUAGAGCAGAUCAGGAGUUGAAGAAAAGAGUUUUAAAACUUGAGUUUUGUCUUCAUGAAGCUCGGGCUCAAACCCGGAAGCUCCAACGGAUGGGAGAGAGGCGAGACAAAGCUUUGAAAGAAGUGAGAGAUGAAUUGGCAGCAACAAAGAAUGGUGGAAACGGGGAAAACCAGAAGCAGAAUCAGAACUUCUGGGAGAUGCCAGGGUUUAAGAUUGCUGUAUCGAUGUCGAUGGUGAUUCUGGUGUUGAUUUCUAAGCGCUAGUAGUCUUGUAGUCUAGUAGCGUAGGUGUAUUAUGUUAGAGAUAAUUUGAAAGGUGAAUGUGUAUGUGAAUGGAAUUAAAGUGUUGGAUGCCUGGAUAAAAAUUAGGAUCAUAGAGAGCCAAUGAGAGGGGAUGGGUUUGUUUAUAAAAUACCCUGCCUGUCGAUCUUUUUAAAAAUUUCAAAUUUCAGAUUUCUCGGCUACAA